AUGCAGUACACGGGAAGCUCCUACCGCGGCCAGCGCGUCAACGGCAGGUUGGAAGGGACCGGGGCCUACACCCUCCCCACCGAAACCAAGUACGUGGGUGAGAUGAAGGACGGGAUGUUCCAUGGGGAAGGAACGCUGCACUUCCCCAGCGGAAGCAAAUACGAAGGGACCUGGGACCAAGGCAUCUCCACUGAGGGGAAAUACACCUUUGCGGAUGGUUUGGAAUACAAAGACCAUAAAUGGCAUUACUGCGACGGCUAUGACCGGAGGUUUUACACCGAAAUCUGCAAGGGCCUGAAGCCAGCAGGCAUUUCCCAGCUGACCAACCUGGAUCCUCCUCGGUCUAUCCCACCUGGCUGCUACGACUGUGGGGACGGCUUCUACAACCCCAAGACCAGAGUGGUCGUUGACUACCGGCACCGCUUUCUGAGAAACGCAGAUGACGACGAGCACGACUGGAUUGUGAAGACCUGUCGGAAAGGUUGGGACGAAUGCGUGGGCUUCAAGCCGACCAAGUGAGCUUGGCGGAACCUGUCUCCCCUCGGCCUUCUCCACCCGAGGACCCGGCCCAUGUAAUUUCUCCAUUAAGGUCAUCUGGGGGUCCCCUGGCAAGCAGAACAAUACGCCAGCAACUUUCCUUUCAUCGGCUGCAAUAAGUGGAAACGGUGAGCCCA